CGGUGACGUCAUCAGAUGGUGACGCAGGCGUGUGUCGUGGUCUCCAGCUCAGGCUGGCUGUCUCCAGCCGUGGCCGCCAUGGAGCUGGCCCAGAUGGUGACCCAGGCCAUGUGGGCCAAGGACUCGUACCUGCGACAACUGCCGCACUUCACGCCCGAGCUGCUGCAAAGAUGCGCUGACAAGGUGACGUCAUUUAGUGUCCAUUGACUUAAG